AGGCAAUGAGUUCUUUUCUUGGAAGUUGGGCACAAAAAGAUCGGCAUGGGAGCAGCUUCCUUUGAGACAGCUGCUCCGAGAGAAUGCAAUAAGCAAGGAGCAGCCAGAAAUUCCUCCUAGCAGAGGGUGACUUGUGGGAGGAGUUUUAUUUGCUAAGUAUUGUCAUUUGCUGAGAGAAGGUGUGUGUUCAAGAAGGAAUUUUAACCUGGAGGAUCAUUAACUCUUUUAGUCAGCUGGAGAGCAGCAGUGGCUCAGAGAGUUCGAGUUCGUCCUGGAAGUGUCUGUUCAAGAAGGUCAGAGAGGAGAAGUGGGAUAACUUUUUCAUGGGGGACCACUUUGAGAAGGGCCAGCACGCUUUGCUCAAUGAAGGAGAAGAGAACGAGAUGGAGAUAUUUGGCUAUCGGACUCAAGGCUGCCGGCAAACCCUCUGUAUUGCUGGAUCCAUCUUCUCAUUUGGAAUCCUCCCCUUGGUGUUUUACUGGAGGCCAGCGUGGCACGUAUGGGCAAAUUGUGUCCCAUGUUCCUUGCAAGAAGCAGAUGUCGUGUUGCUGAGGACAACAGACGAAUACCAAAUUUACUCUCGGAAAAAGGUAAUGUGGAUCUACCUGUCAUCAUUAAACAGCGCAGUUGAUCUUACUCCUGACCACCCUCUCAUUACAGAUGAGGAGUGUAUCAUAAAUAGAGCCAUAAGAAAGCCAGACCUAAAGGUAAGAUACAUAAAAGUGCAGAAAAUACGAUAUGUUUGGAACAACUUAGAAGGACAAUUCCAGAAAAUUGGCUCUUUGGAAGACUGGCUCAGUUCUGCCAAAAUACAUCAAAAAUUUGGAUCAGGUCUAACAAGAGAAGAACAAGAAAUUAGGUACCAUGUUCUAAAUCCAUUUUAUGUAUUUCAACUCUUCAGUGUCUGUUUGUGGUUCAGUGAAGACUAUAAGGAAUACGCUUUUGCCAUCAUAAUCAUGUCCGUCAUUUCCAUUGCCUUGACAGUGUAUGAUCUCAGGGAGCAAUCUGUAAAACUUCACCAUCUAGUUGAGUCACAUAAUAGCAUUACAGUCUCUGUAUGUGGGAGAAAAGCUGGAGUUCAAGAGCUGGAAUCACGCUUUCUGGUGCCCGGAGAUUUAUUGAUUUUGACAGGGAACAAAGUGCAAAUGCCGUGCGAUGCCGUCCUGAUUGACGGCAGCUGCGUGGUGAAUGAAGGCAUGCUGACAGGAGAGAGUAUUCCAGUCACUAAAACUCCAUUACCCAAAAUGGAUAGCUCUGUGCCCUGGAAAACACAGAGUGAAGCGGAUUACAAACGGCAUGUCCUCUUCUGUGGAACAGAGGUGAUCCAGGCCAAGGCAGCAUGCUCUGGGACCGUGAGAGCAGUGGUACUGCAGACCGGUUUCAACACUGCAAAGGGGGACCUUGUGAGAUCCAUUCUCUACCCCAAGCCAAUGAAUUUUAAGCUCUACAGGGAUGCUAUCAGGUUCCUCCUGUGCCUUGUGGGGACAGCCACCAUUGGGAUGAUCUAUACUCUGUGUGUCUAUGUGCUCAGUGGGGAACCUCCAGAGGAUAUAGUGAAGAAAGCCCUUGAUGUCAUCACAAUUGCAGUUCCUCCUGCUCUACCUGCUGCUCUGACCACAGGCAUUAUCUAUGCCCAGAAGAGGCUGAAGAAGAGAGGCAUUUUCUGUAUUAGUCCCCAGAGAAUCAAUGUGUGUGGACAAGUAAACCUUGUCUGCUUUGACAAGACAGGUACCUUAACAAGGGAUGGCUUGGAUCUCUGGGGAGUCGUGCCCUGUGAUAGGAAUGGCUUCCAGGAUGUCCACAGCUUUGCCUCGGGCAAGGCUUUGCCGUGGGGCCCGCUGUGUGCGGCCAUGGCCAGCUGCCACUCUCUCAUCCUUCUCGAUGGGACCGUCCAGGGAGACCCUCUGGACCUCAAAAUGUUUGAAGCUACCACCUGGGAAAUGGCUAUUUCCAGGGACGAUUUCCACACCAAGGGCGUGUCGGCACAUGUGAUGGUAGUGAAGCCCUGCAAAACAGCCAGCCAGGUCCCGGUCGAAGGAAUCGCAGUCCUGCAUCAGUUCCCAUUCUCAUCAGCACUGCAAAGGAUGACAGUCAUUGUCCAAGAGAUGGGGGGUGACCGACUGGCUUUCAUGAAAGGUGCACCAGAGAGGGUGGCCAGCUUUUGCCAACCUGAGACAGUACCAACUAGUUUUGUUAGUGAACUUCAGAUUUACACGACGCAGGGCUUUCGGGUCAUAGCACUGGCCUACAAGAAGCUGGACACUGACCACCACACGACUGCCUGGAUGAGGGAGAAGGUAGAAUCAAACCUGAUAUUUCUGGGCUUGCUGAUCUUGGAGAAUCGAUUGAAGGAAGAGACUAAACCUGUCUUGGAAGAGCUCAUCUCAGCCCGGAUAAGGACUGUAAUGAUCACAGGUGACAAUCUUCAGACUGCAAUAACAGUGGCCAGAAAAUCUGGGAUGAUUUCUGAAAGUCAGAAAGUCAUUCUCAUUGAGGCAAAUGAAACCACUGGGUCCUCAUCAGCAUCUAUAUCUUGGAAAUUAGUAGAAGAGAAGAAACACAUCACAUACGGGAGUCAGGACAAUUAUAUUAACAUAGGGGAAGAAGUCUCUGAUAGUGGCAGAGAAAGAAGUUACCAUUUUGCCCUAAGUGGAAAAUCCUUUCACGUUAUAAGUCAGCAUUUCAGCAGCCUACUGCCAAAGGUACUGAUCAAUGGGACUAUCUUUGCAAGAAUGUCUCCUGGGCAGAAAUCCAGUCUGGUGGAAGAAUUUCAGAAACUGGAUUACUUUGUAGGUAUGUGCGGCGAUGGAGCGAACGACUGUGGGGCUUUGAAAAUGGCUCAUGUGGGCAUCUCUUUAUCAGAGCAGGAGGCAUCUGUGGCUUCACCUUUCACUUCCAAAACUCCAAACAUUGAGUGCGUACCACAUCUUAUCAAGGAAGGACGUGCAGCUCUCGUUACCUCCUUUUGCAUGUUUAAGUACAUGGCUCUGUACAGCAUGAUUCAGUAUGUUGGUGUUCUGCUGCUCUACUGGGAGACAAACAGCCUUUCAAAUUACCAGUUUCUGUUCCAGGAUCUGGCCAUUACAACUAUUAUUGGGGUAACAAUGAAUCUGAACGGUGCCUACCCCAAGUUGGUGCCUUUCAGACCUGCUGGACAGCUGAUUUCUCCACCUCUGCUGCUCUCUGUGAUCUUCAACAUUCUUCUCAGCCUGGUCAUGCAUAUUGUGGGCUUCAUCUUGGUUCAGAGGCAGCCUUGGUUUUCCAUGGAGAUGCACAGUGCCUGUACAGUGCAAAAUGAAAACGCCUCAAUGUUAACUAUUUAUCCAACUGUUCCAGAAAAAGUUGGAAGUAAUGGUGCCUUCACAAGCUUUGAGAACACCACUAUAUGGUUCUUGGGAACAAUCAACUGUAUCAUUGUGGCUGUUAUAUUCUCGAAAGGAAAGCCAUUUAGACAGCCGACCUAUACAAACUAUAUAUUUGUCCUUGUGCUGAUCACACAGCUGGGAGUGUGUCUAUUCAUUCUAUUUGCUGAUAUACCAGAUUUAUAUAGACGCUUGGAUCUGCUCUGCACUCCUGUCCUGUGGAGGGUCUACAUCGUUGUCAUGCUCACCUUCAAUUUCAUCGUGUCCCUUGUUGUGGAGGAGGCCAUUAUUGAAAACAGAGCCCUGUGGAUGAGAAUCAAAAGGUGUUUUGGCUAUCAAUCAAAGAGCCAGUAUCAGAUAUGGCAAAGGGACUUGGCAAAUGACCCUAGUUGGCCACCAAUAAACCAAACCUCCUACUCUGAUAUGCCAGGGUGUGGCAAUGGAGUAUCUUACAGCAAUCCGGUAUUUGAGAGCAAUGAAGAACAACUUUGAAGGAAAUGUGAUAUCCACAUUGACAUCACAGAGAAACAAUGACAAAAGGGACCAGUUUCAGUGAUUUUAAAGAAAAAAGACUCUUGUAGUAUCAGUUUGAGUUUUGGGGAUACCUAUCAAAUCAUAGUGACAGAUUAAAGUCUAUUUGAUAAAAUACUCUCUACAGAGAAGAACAUUGUCCCAGAAGAGUCAUUCCCUUUGGGCUUCUGAAAGUAUUGGAGAUGUUCAGUACAGCAAGAAUGGGCCAAGGACUGCCAUGGACCAAGAGAACAGCAGGCUAAAGGGGAGAAUAUGU